AUGGAGUCGCCUUCCUUUUCUGGCCAGAAGCGCAAAGUCGCUGACAUGAACUCUGAUGAAGAAAACACGCACCCGACCACGAGCUUUCAGGGAUUCACCAGAGCUGCCUCUCGCUCCGUGACGCCUCCGACUAUGGGUGGGCUCGGUAGUGGAGCUAGCAAUAUCCGGAACACCAUGGCCAACUCUCGGGGAGGAUCGUCACGAGGUGGGAAAGGCAUGGGAGGUGGUGGAAGAGGGGGAGCCAACAGUUUUGCCGCGCGCAUGAUGGCAAAGAUGGGCUACAAGGAAGGACAAGGUCUUGGAACUACUGGCCAGGGUAUCGUCAACCCGAUUGAAGUACAGGCGCGCCCCCAGGGCGCAGGCUUGGGCGCAGUGAGUGAAAAGUCGAAAAAGACCCGCGAAGAAGAGCGACGAGCAGCUGCACAGAAGGGCGAGAUUCUCGAAGACAGCUCCGAGGAUGAACGACAGCGGCGGCGAAAGAAGAAGGAGGAGCGCAAGUCACAAAGUCGGAGCGGCACAGGUACACCGAUCCAGCGUGCCAAGCCCAAAUUCCGCACAGCGCGCGAAAUUGAGGAUGAUAUGGAAGGACUGGAAGUUCCCAAUGUUCUCAAAUCCCUCGUCGAUGCCACCGGAAAAGAGCAGCGCGUUCUCACUUCAACUGCAGGUCUGAUGUCGACGCAGCAAUUCGUCAGUCAAGAGGAAGGAGAAGCGUUAAAGAUUGCCCAGCGGGCCCGGAACGACCUGGAGGCAUUUGCAGAUGAAUGGAAGGGAUUAAAAGAGAGAAAAAUUUUCAUCGAACUCGAAGAAGCUCAGGUCGUGGACGAAUUGGAUGCAUAUCAAUCCCGGGUCAAUCAUCUCACAGGCCUAAUCGCUGCAGUGGAAGAACUAGAUAUCUUCGAACACGACGAAAGCAUCACGACCAAAUUUGAUGAGAUGACGAACAAGCUUGAAGAUAUUGAAUCCAAAUAUCGAGAUUCUAUUGAUGAGCACCGACUCCCGGAGACCGCAGUCGCUGCUCUACAUCCGUUAUUCCGCCAAGCCAUGGAUGAAUGGGAUCCUCUUCAAGAUCCCACGUUUCUCGUGUCCAAUCUCACCCGUCUUCAGCCUCUUCUGUCUCGCACGAACGAGCUAGAAGAGCCCCGGAAACGGGCAUCCACCUCACCUUACGAAACGAUGAUCUAUACCCUCUGGCUCCCACGAGUGCGCUCAGCACUCCUGAAUGAUUGGGACGUUUACGACCCCUCCAAGGCAACCGCGCUGGUCGCGGCCUGGAAGGCGAUUGUACCGCCAUUUGUAUAUGCAAACGUUCUCGACCAAUUGGUCGUUCCCAAGCUGGGCCUUGCCCUCAAGAACUGGAAACCUCGAACUAGCCGACGACACGUCGGCUCUGAACAAGAUGGAAAGUUCCCCUGGUGGCUUUUCACCUGGCUUCAAUACUUGGAUGAACGACACACCAACCCGAAACAGCCCACUGGACUCAUGUCUGACGCGAAGAGAAAGUUCCGCUCGGUACUCGACACUUGUAGUCUGCGCAAGGGUCUGGUCGAUCGCGUUGAGAUCUGGCGGGAUGCCCUAGGGUCCGAAUUUGAUGUAUGCCUACGCAACCACCUGCUGCCACGACUUGCGCGCCAUCUUCGUGAGGACUUCACUGUGAACCCGCAAAAUCAAGAUCUCACAGCACUCAAGGAUGUCUUAUGCUGGAAGUCUUUCUUCCAGCCUAAUGUCAUGGGACUAUUACUAGUUUCUGAUUUCUUCCCCAAGUGGCACGAGAUUCUCUACAUUUGGCUCACGAACGACCCUAACUACGAGGAGGUCGGAGCUUGGUUCUCUUGGUGGAGCACUCAGAUCCCGGCGGAGGUUAACGAGCUUGCCAUUGUCGAUGACGAAUGGAACAAGGGCUUGAAAACCAUGGACCUUGCCUUACAGCUGGGUGACCGUGCCGCCGCCGAACUCCCACGUCCAACUACGGCACGGACGCUUCCUACCCGGGAAGACAAGGUGGCAGCUGCUGCAGCUGCUGCCGCUGCGGCUACUCCCGAACCCCGGGUUAGGGCACCCGUCGUGGAAGAAGUUGCAUUCAAGGACAUCCUGGAGGGCUGGUGUUUGGAGCAGGGACUUAUUAUGCUACCCUUGCGCGAGGCUCAUCCACAAAACGGUCAACCCCUGUUCCGUAUUACGGCUAGUGCCACGGGCAAGGGUGGAGUCGUGGCCUUUAUUCAAGGGGAUGUGGUGUGGGUGCAAAAUAAGAAGUCGAAGGAAAUCUGGGAGCCAAUGGGAUUGGAGGACCAGCUAGUAGAGCGUGCGGAGGGCCGAUAA